AUGGCGCCGGUCGCUGGAUCAUCCCACUCAUGGCAGCCUGAGAGGGUCGCCUGCUCCAGUGUGGCAUUCCUGAUAUGUGCCGUCACUGGCAUGGCUUGCCGGCUUGAUGCACCGGCCAACGAUGUCAUCGAGCAACGAGGAUGGUAUCUGUGUUCGCCGCAGCCCUCGAGCGCUGGCGUUGAAAAUCGCUCCAAUACAAUAUCCAAGAUGCCUGGUGCAUCGACAACCGGGUCCUUUGGAGCAGCCGGAUCGAAUCGUGUUCCCCUUGUCAUUGCAUUCGCUGUACUCCAAGUGCUCGGUGGCAUCGGCAUGCUUUCCGUCCUGUUCACGAUGCUUUUUUCACGACAAGUACAUCGACAGACAACUUGGGUCAACUUCUGCCUGUCGUGGAUUAUCUAUGCCUUCUCAUAUAUAUUACUCGUGCUUUUCAAUGGCGAGUUCGGAAAAGAGCCAAACCGGGCUCUCUGCGCAACGCAAGCAGCUCUCAUUUAUGGCGCUCCAGUCGUGUUUGUGUUGGAUACCGCGGGAGCCGAGUUCAUUUACUUACGAUGCAUGCGAUAG